AUUAACUGAAUAAAAGUUAGUGGGAGAGACAGACAAUACACAGGAAAUAAAAGCUUGUGCAUGGGGAAGGUUCUGUAGCGCUGGUGCAGUAAUGAAGAUACACCCCAGGGAUGCCCUAGCCUUGAGGAUAGGCUACUUGACAUCCAGCGGUCAGGGAAGGGACGUUUAAGUUGAAACCUAAUUGGUGUGAAGGAGCCCUGAGAAGUUAGAGCUGAGGGAGAGGGGUAAGAAAGAAGAACAUUCUAGGCUGCAGGAACUGCAAAGGCUAGAGCUCUGAGCUGGGAACCACCAAGUUCAUGGUCAGAUAUUCCGACCUCCUUAGCUUCCAGGGCCUUCGGGGACCCCCCCCCCCCCAGCCUCCUGCCUUUGGUUGUGCCCUCAGGGAAUCUUCACCACAAGCCUACCCUUGGACCAACUCCAGGCAGAGCCCUCGGGGCCGCAGUUCUUAUGGGAGCCAUGAAGCUGAACGAGAGGAGCGUAGCCCACUACGCACUGAGCGACUCCCCAGCAGACCACACGGGCUUUCUACGCACGUGGGGCGGGGCAGGGACUCCCCCCACUCCCAGUGGCACCGGUCGAAGGUGCUGGUUUGUUCUCAAAGGCAACCUGCUGUUCUCCUUCGAGAGCCGAGAAAGCAGGGCCCCGCUGAGCCUGGUGGUGCUGGAGGGCUGCACGGUGGAGCUGGCCGAGGCCCCCGUGUGUGAGGAGUUUGCCUUCGCCAUCCGCUUCGAUGCCCCUGGCGUGCGCCCCCACCUGCUGGCGGCAGAUGGCCCCGUGGCCCAGGAGGCCUGGGUGAAGGCGCUGUCCAGGGCCAGCUUCGGCUACAUGCGCCUGGUGGUGCGUGAGCUGGAGAGCCAACUGCGCGACGCCCGCCACAGCCUGGCCUUGCAUCGCCAUCCAUCCUGGAAGGCCAUUACCAGCCGCUCAAAGCCCCAGGCUCCUGAUCGCCGGCCUCCGGGCCUGGAAAACGGCCAUUCCCUCUCCAAGGAUUGCAGCCCUGUGGACUUGGGUGAAGAAAGGGGCGGCAGGCCAGCAGGGCGUGGCUUGGCCAAGUUGCAGGGCCCUGCCAGCCUCUUCCUGGGCAGGGGGCAGAGCCCCCUGUUCCCUGAGACCUCCGACUUCUCCGCCCUGCACACCUGGUACGGCCAGGAGAUCUCGGAGCUGCGGCAGAGGUGGAUGCAGAGGGCCCGGGGCGUCCAGCCAGAACGUGAGAAACGGGGUGGGCACUGAGUUGGCCCUUCGGGUUCUGCCCUUAUCCUGCUGGUCAGGACACCAGGGCCCGUGCUUCUUCAGGAAUUUAAUGUUUAUUUGUUUUAAAGUUGCUUUUUUUUUUUUUAA